UCCGCAUAGAAACAGCUGUCAUUCUCGCGCAUUAGCCUUUGUUUCCUCCACUUACACAUAGUCACACAUCUCCCACCACCAUGAUACAUCAUACCACAUCACCAAACAUGCCGAUUCGAGCGUGGCAAUCCGGCGGGCGCGUCUCUCGUCCCUGUGGACGACGCGCAUCCAUUUCUCGUCUACUACCAGCGCUUAUGCUGCUCGCAGCGCUGCUGAUGUGCCAUCUGGAGCCAUCAUCUGGCCUAUUCUUCCAAUUUUUCCGCCGCAAGAAGCCUAAGAAGGUCCACCUACCCCCCUACAAGUUCGGCGCAAAUCCCGCCACGGCUCCGCUUGACCCGGCGCAUCAGAACGACCACCGCUUCCGUUUCGCGUCGAUGGGGUUCAGCCUGGCGCUGUCGCUGUGGCAGCUGCCGGCGGGCAAGGACUGGUCGCAGGACUCGCGCGUCGCGUCGCUCAGAGGCGUCGUCGACCAAGGCAACUGCGCGUCCUCGUGGGCCGUGGCGGCCGCGCAGUCCGUGGAGAUGGCGUACGCGAUACAGAACCCGUCCAGCAGCAGCAUAGCGAACGUGUCGGUGCAGCAGCUCGUGGACUGCGCAGGAGUGGCAACGGCGUGCACGGCGGGCGGGUGGCCGUCGCUGGCGCUAAACUACAUGGCGGACGCUACGGACGACGACGGCGGGGUGGUGGCGGAAGCGGACUAUGAGUACACGGGCGCUCAGGGCACGUGCGACGACAGCAAGGUGUCAGGCGACGCGUCGAGCAUCGGCGUGGCGGCGCUGGAGCAGGCGGACUUCCAGGGGUGGCUGGGGCUCGUGCUCGCCGUGCAGGCGCAGCCCGUUGUGGCGUUCGUGCACGGCUCGCACCCGUCCUUCCUCACCUACAAGACGGGCGUGUACGCGGACGGUGCGUGCGCGGGCGAGAUCGUGGACCACAGCGUGCUGGUGGUGGGGUUCAAGCUCGCCAUGCCGCGCCCCUACUUCAUCAUCCGCAACUCCUGGGGCACCAAGUGGGGCAUGCAGGGCUACAUGCGCAUGGCCAUCGCGGGCGGGCCUGGCAUCUGUGGCAUCAACACUGUGCCGCCCGUCUACCCAGUGAUAAAAACAUCCAGCCCCUGCAGUGCCACCAUCAACCCGUGCGGGUCAGGCACGUGCAAUGCUGGGUCGGGCGGAUCGUACACGUGCUCGUGCCCGCUCACCUUCGUCUCGGUCACUGGGCUCAGCAGCAUGCCCACAUGCGUGCCAAAGAAGCAGUGUUCGCUGGGUCAGAUGAACCCGUGUGGCAGUGGCACGUGCAUCGACGACAACACAGGCAGCUACUUCUGCAUCUGCCCGCCUCUCUUCACCACCGGCGACAGGGCUGAUGGCAGCCCCACCUGCGUGCCUGACCCCACCCCAUCGGGUGCGGUGUACUUCACCCCGCCCAAGAGCGUGUCAUGCGACCUGGUGUACGGCAUCAACGGGCUCUCCAAGGCGCAGUUCCUCACGCUCAACCCCUCGCAGCGCAACAACAUCAUUCCGUCGCUGUGCGACCCCAUCCCCGCCAACACACAAGUGGAGGUUACUCGCCCCGCAUCCGGCGUCGUUCAAUGCGCGCUAUUCUACUCGUGGGAAGCGCUGGACACGUGUGUGGGCGUGACAGUGUUCUUUGGCAUCAGCCUUGUGGCCUUUGUGAAUCUCAACCCCGGCGUUGACUGCGUGGCCAACUACCCGCAGGCCAGCCAGCAGGUGUGUGUGCAGCAGGGCACCCCCUCGGUAACGAAGUGGUGCACGCAGUGGCACACGGUAGGCGACGGCGACACGUGCCAGCGCAUUGUGAAGCAGUACAAGUCCAGCAGCCUCUCCCUGCGCCUGCUCUAUGCGCUCAACCCCGGGCUGCGCUGCAAGCACCUCUUCCCCCUCACCUCCCUGCUGCCCGGGGCCAGCAUGAAGAACGUCGGCCAGCAGCUCUGCGUGGGAGGCGCCUCACCGGCAUCGUACACCACAGCCACACCGGCGUCCUUCGCCCCUGCUAGGAUGACCAGGGAGGAGCACCUACCAUUGGACCACUCGCCCCUCCCGUCCUCCUCACUUGCUGCUCGCCCUGUGUCUUCCCGGCGGCAGCUGGCGGCAUCGUGUGUAAAGGCGUAUACAGUGGUGCGGGGCGACACGUGCGCACGCAUCAUCUCGCUCUACUUCCAGAACAGUGCAAGGAAGCUGUCAGAUUUGAAUGACGGUUAUGUGUGCACCAACGACCGCCUGUACGUGGGGCUCAGGCUCUGCACUCAGAGAUAGCCAGAGUGUUGGAGCUGUCCUGCUGUUUGCUUAGGUGAGCUUGCAGGGUGGCUGUAGACGCUGCUGCUGUCAAAUUUAUCUAGGUGCAAUAAGGCUGGCUUGUGUUGCAUAUUCCUGUAUUAUAUGCAGGUGUCUCUACUAGUAAAGUUAGCAGUACAGCAGUUCGUGUUCAGCCAUAUGGAAUGUCCUCGGCAAGAGACUGUAUGUAAUCCCCUUCAGAUU